AUAUCCAACCCUUCAUCUCCAACAUUUAUUUUCAAACAAAAGCAAACCAAAUCAAACAAAUAAUAAUUAUUAAUGGCUUCUGCUUCUGUUUCAAUGUCUUUACCACUAACCCAAGCCACCCACAAAAACCUUUCCAAUCCCUUCUUGAAACCAUCAUUACCCUUUCCACAAGCAAAGAAGACAACAAUAGUAAACAAUUCAACCUCAAAAUCCAAACUUGUUGGAAUUGAAGCAUCAUUGAAGGACAAAACAGUGAAGGGUCUAUCAGCUAUUGCAUUAACAGCUUCAAUGGUGAUUCCAGAAGUGGCUAAUGCAGCUGGAAAUGAUUUCUCUCCAUCUCUUAAAAACUUUUUGCUUAGCAUUGCAGCUGGUGGUGUUGUUCUUACUGCCAUAUUAGGUGCUGUUAUUGGUGUUUCCAACUUUGAUCCUGUUAAGAGGACUUAAACUAUGUUGUCUUGUCUCAAUCUUCAAUAUUUACAUUUUCUAUGCUACUCAUGUUUUUUUUUUUGUUCCAUGUAAUUUAUGCAAUUGUUUCUAAUACAAGAUGAAUUAAUGAAUUAUACAAACACUA